AUGUUUAAUGACUGGCUUUCCAGUAGUCAUAAGAUUUCGAUCGUUAUAACGGCUCAAAUUCUAGUCAUUUUACUUUUAGUAUGGGAUAUUCAGUCACAAACUAUGUUUUCUGCUACGCAAGAAAAUUCAGCGCCCCUUCUGCCGUAUCGACUGAAAAGUACUGUUGAGAUGGACUUGGGUAAUGCUUCUAUUAUUUUCAAUAUGAUUCACGAUCUUUUUGAUGUUAAAGGCUCAAGUAUUCACCCAAACGGUAUGUCUAUGGUUCUUGCGUCUUUGCCCAAAGGUACCACGCUUUAUCAUACCAGCUGUAAUACCACCGAUCUUGCGUCCCCUGAGUACUAUGCGUUUAAUUAUGAGGUCUCCUAUAACUUCCGACCCGUUAGAGGAAGUGGUAUGAAAAAGAGAGAUGUUGAUUUUGGAUCUGGCACCACAUUCAACUCCGUGACACCACUAUGUUUUGGAGACAGACGACUGCUUUCGUUGAAGCUGACUCGAGACCUUAAUCGCCUGCUGCUUUUGGACGGAAACUCUGCUGCAAAAACUACGGCUGGCAAUAUGGAUUCUCAAUUGCUUCUUGCUGGCCGCAAUCUUUCUGAAAUAGUUAACGAGGAGAUUUUAGCUCGAGAGAUUUGCGAAAUCUACGAUAUUGAUGGAAUUAUCAGAAUGGAGGCUGACUUUGAGGUUAUUCUUUGCAACUUACAGGAAUACCAUAUUUAUAGCAACGUCUCCCUUCAGUAUAUCUCUGAAACAUCAGGCCUUUCAGUUUCCGAUACGGCCACCCUAUUAAAGCUAAAGAACUACGAACACUUAGCGGUGGCAACUAGAGAUCACGGAUUCAUACCUCUUGAGAUUGACUUAUUGUCUUUGAUAACUCCUAUCAAUCGACAAUCCUUUGCGAUAGACGCAUAUAAGCGACGUUUGCUGGAUUCCUCUCCGAAAUUAAUUCGAUCUAUGAGACAAGAAGUCCACAAGGCACUGAAAAUGCCAAAAAAGGAUACGAAAACUCCAGCAAACGACUGGAAGGCCCUUAUCGGUCGUUGCAUGGAUAAGUAUACGCCCUUUCUUUUAUCAUUACAAAACUAUACGGCAGCUGAAACCAACAUAGCUGAAUUUGCCAAUCGUGCAUAUCUUCUAUUGGGCAACCACGCGAUACGGUAUCUGGACAGCUCUGUAGAAGAACUUGAUAUCAGAUAUAAACAGGCAAUAGAAAGUGCGGUUGAUGACUUGACUAUACCAAUCUUUCCUAUACACUCUGAUUCAGAGGUUUUAAUUCAUAGUGCUUUGCGGGUAGUCGUAGAACAUGUUGUCACAUUUUUAUUUGAUACGCAUCGCGGUCUUGCAAUGCACAAAGAAACCAGGAAUCUGACGUCGUUUGAUCUAGCCUCAUUACAUGGUCGUCUUUCAGAAAUUAUUACUAUGCUUGACUGGGCCUCAUUUUAUAGGUGUGAGGAAUGUUCUGCAGGACAUGUCUGCAUGACUCCAAAUUGGGGACCCUUUCCUUCUUAUAGUACCUUACGAAACGCAUUUUACACUGAUAAGGAAAAAGUAAGAAGGAUAUCACGUGACUUGGCCUGCGUCAGCAUUGAAGAUGCUUGGUGA